CUUUGUUUCCAUUGUAGGUGAGAUCAAUGUCACCGGUAGAUAGCAAGCAAAACCUAUGGAUUAUAAGAAAAAUUAAAAGAGUAUGGUAAAAAAUAGAUGAACUAACAACCACAAUGGUGCAAAUGGAUUAUUUAAGCUAAGUAGAUGAAUUAAAGUUGUUAAGGUGAGGCACUUUCUAGUUGGAUGAUAUUAGAAAAAGUAUAUACGUAGAUGCGCCAAUAGUGUAGGCAUGGUCUUUUCCUGUUCAUCUUGUUAACUCUAUCCAGGUGUGUAUGCAUGGUUUUGGUCCUCCUUUUUUGGAAUAUACAUAUAUUGCGGGGUGUGGAGGAGGACAACAGUACUACAAACAGCUUAGCACGUUCUAGAUAGAGAUUUGGUGAUGAAUAUUCUCAAGGUUAAACGGCUUACUAAUUAUAGGACAUAAAGCUAAACUAGAAUGCAACUGUGUAUAAAAAUAGUUAGUGAUUGGUUGGAUAGUUUGAUGGUGUUGAGCCUUCCCAAUCGGACUAUAAAUUGGCCUCAACUCAAAAUGGAGUUUCAUCAUCCUUCCAAAGGGAAAAAAAAGAAAACAGAGAAUAAAAUAACAAAUUGGAAGGAAAAUCAAGAUGGCUAUGAAAUUAAGUUUCUUGGCAAUGCUUUUGUGCUUAUUGUUAGCAUCUACACCUAAGGCUCAUGCUAGUGUGUUUGACGUGACAAGUGCAACAUACGGUGCAAAGCCUGGCUCUGAUGUCAGUACGGCCUUGGCCAAGGCUUGGAGUGAUGCAUGUGCAUCGCCAUCCGCGAGUAAAGUUGUCGUUCCGAGCGGGACAUACAAGUUAAAAGAAGCAACUUUCAGAGGCCCCUGUAAGGCUCCUAUUGAGAUGCAAGUUCAAGGCACAUUGCAGGCUCCAGCAGACGCUGGCCAACUCACAAGACCGGAUACUUGGGUUGGUUUUCAGUACAUUGACAUGCUCACCUUAUCAGGUGGUGGGACUUUUGAUGGCCAAGGAGCACUUUCUUGGAAUCAAAAUGACUGCCACAAAAACAAAAAUUGCAAACCUCCUCCCGUUAAUCUGCGGUUUGAAUUCCUCACAAAUUCCAAAGUUCAGGACAUAACUUCACUUAACAGCAAAUUUUUCCACAUCCAUGUUUUCCGGUGCAACCAUACUACAUUUCAACAGCUUACCAUCACAGCACCUGACGAGAGCAGAAACACAGAUGGAAUCCAUAUCGGGGCUUCGACUGGUAUCAACAUUACUCAUUCAAAGAUUGGAACUGGGGAUGACUGUAUUUCUAUUGGUGAUGACUCCCACAAAAUCACAGUGACUGGUGUUACUUGUGGGCCAGGCCAUGGAAUAAGCAUUGGAAGCCUUGGAAAAUAUAAGGAAGAAAAGGAUGUGACCGGGAUCAUAGUUAAGAACUGCACCCUGACUAAUACGGAGAACGGUGUGAGAAUCAAAACAUUUCCAGAUUCUCCUUCGCCUAGCUCUGCCUCGGGUAUACACUAUGAGGAUAUUAUCAUGGUUAAUGUCAGUAACCCUAUCCUCAUAGACCAAUUGUACUGCCCAUAUACUAAGUGUGAACAAAAGCCUCCGUCAAAAGUUAAGAUCAACAAUGUCAGCUUCAAGAACAUUAAGGGCUCAUCUUUCACUCCACUUGCAGUCAAGCUUGUAUGUACCACGGGCAAACCGUGUGAGAAUGUGGAGUUGACUGACAUUGAUCUCACCUAUGGUGGAGACAAAGGCCCUCUUACCUCUGUGUGUUCUAAUGUCAAGCCCACAAUUACUGGCGUGACAAAGGCUCUUGGUUGUGCUACAUCGUCCUUGGCACCUCUUCCUUGA